UCCACUUGAGGCUGGCUCCAAAAGUGAGUCAUCGUCAUAAGGCCCCAUGUUAAAAUGUUCUUUCAACAGAGAUAAACAUGUUUGGAAGAAAAACACGUUUGAACAAAUAUGUGACCAAAACCACCAUCUUCUCCUCACCUGAACCAAAGCGUAUUUUAGCCUUCACUAAACCACAUGGCGGUUUCAAGAUGUAGCUCAGUGUAUUAUCAGUGCCAACAUUUUUUCUGGGUUGCAGCCCUGGUACUAAAUUUACCUCGUGCCAAAAAUGAGUCACUUGAAACUAACAAAACAAAAAGUCAACAACAACAACAAGAGGUGGAGCAACAGUGGAGUGACAGGUGAGCUUUGACGCUACAACGAAACUGAAGUGAGAGGAGCUCCGCCGCUGGGACUGUUUCUCUCUAAACAGCAGGAUUUAAACUUAAAGUUUAUCGCAUCUUUCUUCACUACAAACUUGGCCAAAUGUUUGCCAUGUCUGCUGCCAGCUGUCUGCUGUCCGGAGAUCAGUUUCUGUGCUCCAUCUGUCAGGAUGUGUUCACUGAUCCCGUCAGCACACCAUGUGGACACAACUUCUGUAAAACCUGCAUCGCUGAACACUGGAAUAAGAACGUCCCGUGUCAGUGCCCCAACUGUAACAAGAUUUUCAGCACAAAACCUGAGCUGCAGGUCAACACUUUAAUCUCUGAGAUGGUCGCUCGCUUCAGGCAGUCAGCUCAACAUGAAGCUGCCAGCAGCUCAGAGCAGAACGUGUCCAGACCAGGAGAAGUUCCCUGUGACGUCUGCCCUGGAACCAGACUGAAGGCCCUGAAGUCGUGUCUGGUGUGUGUGGCCUCCUACUGCGAGACUCACCUGCAGCCUCACCUGACAGCUCCACCUCUGAAAAGACAUCAGCUGAUCGAACCCGUGGAGAACCUGGAAGACACAAUGUGUACUGAGCACAAUCAACUGCUGGAGCUCUUCUGUAAGAUCGAGCAGACGUGUGUCUGUAUGCUCUGCACUGUCUCAGACCACAAGGGACAUGAAGUCGUUCCUCUUGCAGGACAAAAGAAGGCUGAACUUCAGCAGAUGAUUCAGGAGAGACGACUGAAGAUUCAAGGGAUCAGAGAUUCAGUGGUGGUCAGCAGGGCAAACGCAGACAGAGAGAUUGCAGAUGGUGUUCGGAUCUUCACCAAGCUGAAGGACACUGCUGAGGUAGUCCAGGCCAAAGUCACUGAGGAGAUUGAAAAAAAGCACAAAGAGAUCGAGAACUUGGCUGAAGUCCUCAUCUCAGAGCUGGAACAGGAGACAUCUGCACUGGAGAAGAGGAGGGCAGAGCUGGAGCAGCUCUCACUCUCUGAGGACCACAUCAGGCUCCUCCAGGAUCUCCUGUCCCUGAAAGCUGCCCCACCCAGCAGGGACUGGAAAGAUGUCAGCGUCUGCUGUCCUUCGUAUGCAGAGGAAGUGAGGGCAGCCAUUAAUGAGUUGAAGAGAAUGCUGUCUGAUAUGGCUGAGCUUAAGGCACUCCAGCGUUUUGCCGUGGAUGUGAGGCUUGAUCCUGAUACUGCGCAUCCCCUGCUCAUCCUGUCACAUGAUGGGAAACAAGUGAGUCUUGGUCCUGUAAGGAGGGAUCUCCCAGAUAACCCAGAGAGGUUUUCUGUUGAUCCCUGCGUCUUAGGGAUGCGGCUUGAUUCUUCAAGACAAUUUUACUUUGAAGUUGAAGUUAAAGGGAAGAUUCGGUGGAUUGUAGGAGUCGCCAGAGAGUCAGUCAACAGGAAGGAGACAGUAACCAUAUACGAUGAAAACGGUUACUGGACUCUGUGUUGUUCAAAGGAAAAAGAGUACCGCGCUCUUUCUGUUACUCCAGUUGAGUUAUAUCUGAUGUCGAAGCCUGAGAAGGUGGGGGUGUUUGUGGAUUACGAUGAGGGUCUGGUCUCCUUCUAUGAUGUGAAUGCUGCUCGUCAUAUCUUCACCUUCAGUGGCUGCAACUUCACGCAGAGAAUCUUGCCGUUCUUCUGUCCCAGUUUUGAUCAGGGUGGGACAGACUCUGUCCCUCUGACCAUCUGUCCUGUCAACACUGCUGAGUAGAACAACAGUUUGACAUUUGAAAAGCACUUUUUCUAUUUUUUCAGUGUAACAAAUCUCCAUACUCAGAGGAUAUUGUGUCCACUGUGCACUUGUUUUCCUUAGAUUCUUGAUAACGUGGGCUUGAUGGACCUGAUAUGUACUGGGUUUAGCGGUAUCUUUGGUCCUAAUUUCAUUUGUCUUCCUCCUGCUUCUUUUUUCCCUCCUGCUGAAAAUGUCUGGUCUGGACAUCUCCAAAGCCUCACAUGUCCUCUCCCACAGAUCUAAUUAGAAAAAAUAUCUCUCUGAUGGAUGUGAUGUUAGCCUACCUUUCCUUCCUUCCUCCUCUCCUCACUCUUCGUACUGCUGUUCAGAGAGAGAAAGUGUUUGGUUAUUCUUGAAUGUCCCUCUAAAGACUCCAAACAAGGAGUCUUGUCUUGUCUCUCCUCCCCCCUCUGAGUCAGUCUAAUCCAAUAGGACUUCUAAUUAGAUUAUUCAAGUGUCUGCCGUCCUGUCUGUGGCCCGCUAAUGCAUCACCAAUACCUGCCUUCAAUGUCAGGAUGAAGGAGCACCUCUGUGGCACGACAGGAAAUGGGAGAGAUGACAGUCACAUGACGGCUGAGGGUUUUAACAUCAGGGUUCCACUUCUCUUUAAUAGUCCAGGAAGUGAUUUUGUUGUGCAUCCUUCAGCUUGGUUGAUUUUGAACCUCCUAACAAACUGUGCUGGCCUUGAGUCUCAGUUUCACCUGAAAGCGGCAAGAUCACACGUUAAAAAAUACUCUGUGACAGAUUUUUAUGAAAGAAAAGCACAGACAGAUGAGCAGUAAACUCUAAGUCAGAGUUCAGAGUUACAUUUGACGAUUGGAUUUGCAGCAACUGAUGCAUUAACAUGUAAGCAGCAGUUUGGUCCACAAGAAUGAAGUAGCAACAGAAGUACCAUGAAAUGUUGUACUGCCUGAAAACUGCACUGAAGGCCAGCAGGUGGUGCUGUUGCCUUGGCGACGCUUCUCAGGUCACGUGGGGCUGAUUAUAGUUUCACUUUAUUCAGCCUGCGUGAAAUCAUCCAUUGAACACACACACACACACACACAAUGCUUGCUUGUUGUCAGGUAUCAGGUGUCAAACCACCAACCACACACACCUGAGGGAGUGUCGCCACAACACCUGAGAAGCCGAGAAACCCCCUCAGAGGAGAGCAGGACGCUGAAGCUCUUUAAAACACAGUCACAGCAGACCUGACAGCAGAAGAGGUCAGUCCAGCCUGAGUCGCUGACCUCGUCACAGAGGUUAUGAACUGAGCGCUUGUCAUGAGGGCAGCUCAUCUGAACUAGAAGCUGCUACAGGUUGGCUCCUGUUGAAAUAAAUAGAAAUAGAAAGCAAGAUUUUUGUUUCCCCUGAAGCAGCUUCAGCAGGGUCUGGGUUUCGUUCUGAAUCUCUAGAUUUAUUUUAAAAAGUGUGUUUCCAGAUUAAGGCUCUGUCCUAUUUUCCCUCCUCUGCUGUCCUUUUAUCAGGCAGAUUCUGUAUCUCAUGUAUAUACUCUGUUAUUUUUCAUAGUAUUCUGUUAUUUGUUUAUUUUGUGUGAAAAAUUACUUCCUACUUUUGUAUGCUUCUUUGUAUUGCAAACCUGGCACAAU